AUGUCUUCAUACGCCAUCACCGGAGCCUCAAAAGGCAUUGGCCUCGAGUUUAUACGCCAACUCGCUGCCAAUACAGACAAUACAGUCUUAGCUAUAGUACGAAAUCCCAAAGCAUCCGACAUAAAUGAAGUCGCCUCCAAAUACCCCAACGUGCACAUCAUCAAAGGCGACGUCACAGACCCAAGGUCCAUCCUCGAAGCCGCCUCAGGCGCAUCCACCAUCACAGGCGGAAAGCUAGACGUGCUUAUCCACAACUCCAACGCCGUUGACUCUGCUACUACGGCCUUAAGUCCGAGUCAAUUUCCCUUUGAUGCCGAGGCUGUCCAAAAGAUGUUCGAGCCAUCGCUCGUGACAGCCAUCUAUGGCGGUCUAUGGGCGACGAAUGCCUUCCUGCCCCUGAUUGAGGAAGGAACUCAGAAAAAGAUCGUGCACAUCUCCUCCGCCAUGGCGCUACCUGAUCUCAUCAACAAGACUGGCAUCAGUUAUGCCGUUGCGUACUCAGUCGCAAAGGCCGGAAUGAAUGUCCAGGUCGCCAAGUACGCAGCUGAACUUGCACCGAAGGGCAUCAAGGUGUUGGCUUUGAGCCCAGGUUGGGUUAAUACGUAUGAUGGAGAAAAACCAGCUGAGGUAGUACAAGGGGAGGAAUUCAUGCUAAAGCAGUUCCAGAUAGCCGAUCCUGAGCUCAAGGGGCAGAUUCAGCCUGAGGAGAGUGUUCAAAAGUGUCUCCAAGUCAUUGACCAUCUGGAUGAAAAGUCCAGUGGCUUACUCUUGAGUCAAAAUGGUGAUCAGGAGAGGUGGCUUUGA